AUGGCGUCUAACGAUGCCGAAGCAGAGCGCGAGGAGCGGCUCAAGUCCGCUCUCUGGUACGCAAUCGGCCAAUUCGUUGACGACAAGUCUUUGGAAAGCGAUCUGAAUGCCACUCCGCAAUUCAUUGGUGCUUUGACUGAACUUGUCUAUACUCAGAUCGCAAACACAGCCCGGGAUCUCGAAGUGUUCUCGAAGCAUGCCGGACGCAAGACAAUCAAUCCAGACGAUGUCCUCCUCCUCGGUAGACGCAAUGAGCAGCUGCAAGCCAUGCUGGAGAAGGAGCUAGAGGAAAUCAGAGCUGCCGAGGGGAGACGGGCAGAUGGACAGCCAGUUGCUCGCGCACAACCAGCUGCUGCAGGAAAGAAGCGAGGAAGGCCUGCUGGCACGGGAAAGGGCAAAUCAAAAGCUUGA